AUGUAUAAAGAUGUUAUUGUAACAGCCAUGCCAUUUACUAUAAUACAAAUAAAUGAAUUUUUUGUUAUCUCUUCAUCUUUCUUGAUGUCGUAUAAGAUCAGGAAGACGAGGCUCUACAAUCUGUUUUGUAGAUUUGGGAAGAUCAGAGACAUAUACAUCCCAAAUAAGAGGAGCAAGAUAUCGGGUAAAAGAUUUUGCUUUGUCAAAUUUGAAUCAAGAGAAGAGGCGAUGCAUGUUGUAUCUAUGAUAGAUGGAACUUGGGUGUGGGAUCAAAAAUUGGUGGUUGAAGUGGCAAGAUUCAUGAAAAAGAUAGCGAGAGAUCAAGAUAGGAACUCAGAUCGAAGCCAAGGAACUCAACAGAUGCAGUUAAACCAGAGGAAUACUGAAAGAGGUAUUGUUCCUUUUCAGUUAAACCCUAGAAAUCAAAGGAUUAACCAGCAAGCAGAGGGAUUCAAAGGUCAUAACAACCCCAGGAACAAUACAAAUCAGAGCUUCAACACAGCCAUACAUGGCCGUAGCCAUAAUGACCACUCAAAAAAGGAAAGGGGGAAAGAGAUUUGGAGAUGGAAAGACCAAGCAGAAGCGAGUAAACAGGGAGAAGGGAAUCCGAUUCAAGAUAAUCACGGAGUGGUUAAUAGCAUCCAUUUACAACCGGUUGGAAAUGGAUGGCUGGAAAGGAGUGCGGUGGGUAAAAUGAGAAGGCUUAUCUCAGCUCAAGAUUUGGAAGAAGCUUUCAAAAAGGAAGGUGUUGAGGUCCAAAUAAAGCCAAUGGGUGGAAGAUUUCUAAUCUUAACGUUUGCAAAUGGAGUAGUUAGGGAUAAAGUGAUCAAAUUAGAAUGGCCCUUAUUAUGGUUAGAAGAACUCAAGCCAUGGAAUGGAGAAAGUGCUCAAGAGGAAAGAUUUGCAUGGGUCUCCUGUUUCGGUAUGCCUCUCAAUGUAUGGAAUGUACCGUCCUUUAGAAGAAUAGCGAGUAUUUGGGGUCAUUUUAUCGAAGUUGAUGAUAAUACGUUACGAGAAGUUUCCUUUGAGAAAGGUAGAUUUCUUAUUGCUACUGAGAAAUCUUGCAAGAUAGAAGGGAAAGUUCAGUUAAUAGUGGAAGGGAAGAGGUUUAUGGUCAGUGUUGAGGAGGAAGAAUCUUUCAGGAUUGUGUCAUCCAGCAAACAAGUCUCAAGCCCUGGUUCAGAGGUUUCAAAGCCAACUGAGGAAGAUGAUGACGUGGAUAGUACAAGUGAUGACAAGGUAGCCAAUGGGACCAAGAACAACGUAUCAGAAAAGGACAACAGCGCAAUAGAGAGGAAUAAAGGAAUAAAGGAGUAA